GGGAUCCGAAAUAAUCAACAUUAAGAUGUAAUUAUAAGUUUUAUGUCUAUUCCUUGGCAUUUUACAUCGUUUAUAAUUAUUACAAAUAACUACACUCUACACUACUGGAACCAGAAAUUCUUAAAACGGGGUCGAAACUGCUACUAAUGAAAAUGUUUAUAAUUUUAGUUCGGAGUAAUACAUAUCAAUUAUUUAAGACCGGGGGAGAAACCUGGGAUCCAUCACGACAACGAUGUACAGAUGUUGGAAUGGAUCUAGCGCUGAUUAAGGACAAUGAUGAAUUAGAUGUGGUGAAAACUUACAUUGGAAGUGUUGGUGGACCCGACAAAGAAAUGUGGAUAGGUAUGGUUUGGGAUACAGCAAACCAGGUUCAUAAAUGGCUGGAUGGAGAAGUUGUGUCUUGGGCUCCAUGGGUAAAUGGAGGUGAUGAGCCUAACUGUAUGAGUCCUUCGUCAGUGAAUUGUACCAGUCAAGACGAAAACUUCGUCCGUAUGACAAAGUCAUAUGAGUUUAGAUCUCAUGUAAAGUCACGGUUAUAUGAUGUACUUUGUGAAGUUCCUGCAGAAACUUUUGUUCAGGACAGCAAACUAUCCUUGAUUAUCAUUAUUGGGUUGUCUGCUGGUUUCGGAGGCUUUUUCAUGUUGUGUUGCAUGUGCUGCUUUCUGUGGAAGUUUCUAUGCGGAAGUAAAGAUGACAACAAGAUCGAGCACACACCGGAAGUGAAAGAGGUUACUGUGGAUACAACUGAACAAAUGAAACUUGACAAUCCAUGGAUGAAACAGGAGGAAAUAAGCUUCUGUUUACGUCAGAAAUACGUCUUUGAUUUGCCUAAUGAGAUUGUUGGUAAAAGACACAAAUACAUCAAAUAA